CCCCCUUUCACUCUUUCUUUGUUAACACAGAGGAAUGCAGUAUGUGGCAGGCUGGGGCUCUCUGGCUGUUGAUACUUACGACUCUGCUCCGGGUGUCAGUGCAGGGUCCUCACCAGCGGUUCCUGCUCAGAGAGCUGCUGAGGGACUACAAUCCCAUGGAGAGGCCGGUGGCCAACGACUCCCAGGCUCUCACUGUUCAGUUCUCCUUCACUCUAAUGCAGGUCAUGGAUGUGGAUGAAAAGAAUCAGAUCAUCACCACGAAUGCCUGGCUGCAGAUGCAGUGGUACGACCACUACCUCCAGUGGAACCAGUCUGAGUAUCCUGGAGUUAAGAACCUCCGUUUCACUGCUGACCAGGUCUGGACACCUGACAUACUGCUUUACAACAGUGCUCAUGAUAAGUUUGAUGCCACCUUCAAGACCAAUGUGCUGGUGAACUCCAGCGGCUUCUGUGAGUAUCUUCCUCCAGGAAUAUUUAUCAGCACAUGCAACGUGGACGUGCGAUGGUUUCCAUUUGACAUCCAGCGCUGUGAACUGAAGUUUGGCUCCUGGACAUUUGAUGGCUGGCUGCUGGACCUCCAGAUGAAGGAGGCAGAUGUGUCAGGAUACAUGCCUAACGGAGAGUGGGACCUGCUGGAGGUGCCUGGAGGUCGUCAUGAAGUUUUCUAUGAUUGCUGUGCAGAGCCCUACCCAGAUGUUACCUUUGUGGUGACUUUGCGAAGGAGGACCCUGUUUUACGCUCUCAACCUCCUCAUCCCUUGUGUGCUCCUCUCCUCUAUGACCCUGCUGGUCUUCCUGCUCCCUGCCAACUCGGGGGAGAAGAUCAGCCUGGGCAUCACGGUUCUGCUUUCUCUGACUGUCUUCAUGCUGAUGGUUGCGGAGAUUAUGCCCGCCACUUCAGAUUCUGUUCCCCUGAUAGGUCAGUACUUUGCCAGCACCAUGGUGAUUGUCGGGAUGUCCGUAGUAGCCACAGUCAUCGUCCUUCAGUUCCAUCACCACAACCCCAACAGUGGACACAUGCCACGUUUGGUGCACUUGGUUCUGCUGCAGUGGGUUCCUUGGUUCCUGCGGAUGAAGCGUCCAGGUGAGGGAGCGGAGCCGACUCUUUCCAACAGCCGGGUAGACUCCCAGAGCAAGGCCCUGUCCUCUCCUACCACCACCACCACCACCACCACCAUCCCCACACCAGUGCCCUCCGUUCUCCCCCAAAGCCUCAACUCUCUGCAGGCUAGCCUGGCUCAGCUCAACCACCCUCUGUCACACCCUCUGUCACACCCACUGCCCCACCGGCCCAACACUCAGGCCGUCCUCCUUCCGAAUCCCAGCCAUAGAGAUCCCAGCCCCAAUCCACAUCCGCAGCCCAAUGGUCAUCUGCUUUACAUGGGCUUCCAGACAACUGCAGAGCUGGAACCACUUCAGAGGAGCAGCACAAGUUUUGGGAGGGUUAACAGUGGACUAGGUGGAGAAGGAGAGGGAGCAGCAGCAGCAGGAGGAGGACUGGCUGGAGGUACACCUAUCCAUCACCACCUCCCAUCGUCCAAGUUUGGGAGUCCCCCACAAGAAUCUGCGGUAUCCCCAGACCCUGACCCAUCGACUACAUCCUCUGGACCCUGCGGCCUGGAGGCUGUGGGUGGAGCAGGGAGAUCAGCUGCCAUUCACACCCACAGCAGUGUGAUUCGAUCUGUGGCAGUAGACGGCCAGCUGCAGGCUCUUCUGCUGGAGGUGCAGUUUUUAGUCGAGCGUGUCAGGGAACAGGACCGGCAGCUCAGUUUGGCGGAGCAGUGGCAGUUUGCUGCAGCUGUCAUCGACCGCCUGUUCCUGGUGGGAUUCAGUGUUUUCAACAUCAUCUGUACCAUCGCUAUUCUCAUGGCUGCACCCAACUUUGGAGUAGCACUGUCAAAAGACUUCCUCUGA